AUGGAGAAACAUUUGGUCCUCCUCCGAGACGGCAGAACGCUGAUAGGAUAUUUACGAAGCAUCGAUCAGUUUGCCAACUUGGUGUUGCACCAGACAGUGGAGCGCAUUCACGUGGGUAAAAAAUACGGUGACAUCCCCCGCGGCAUCUUUGUGGUGAGAGGCGAGAACGUUGUUCUUCUGGGAGAAAUUGACCUAGAGAAGGAAAGUGACACCCAACUGCAGCAAGUGUCAAUCGAGGAGAUCCUGGAGGUACAGCGGGUAGAGCAGCAAGCGAAGCAAGAGUCGGAUAAACUAAAAGUGCAAGCACUGAAGGAGCGAGGCCUCUCCAUCCCCCGGGCCGAUACCCUCGAUGAAUAUUAGACAGUCUGUUUGGACAAGCAGCUGCAUCUGUGCAGCAUUUGAACUGAUGGGGUUUUGUGUUGAUCCGUCUUUAUGACCAAGGACUGGUGAUUUGUUUUUUGUUUUUUGUUCUUUUUUGGGGGGUAGAGGGGGGUGCAGGACAUAAGUUAAUCAUGGCUUUUUGCUUUCUUGUUGCAAAAUCAGUGUUCCUGACGACCUAAGCGCUGCUGGAUGUCUCAUGUAAACCAAAUGAUGAUACAGCAGUUAUAGCGGCUUGGGAUAAAACUUCUUUUUAAGUUGACUUUCUUUAAAUGUGAUGCUAAAGGAGGUGGAAUGUAACCUCCUGAUGUGUAAAUAAUAAUAAAAAAAAACACACUGAUUCGGAUGCUGGUGUU